UGUGCAUAAACAUCCUCAAUCAAACUGCAGCCAUUCAGAAGCUUCUCAGCCUGACAGGCUUUCCCCUCAUCUUCACCUCUCUUAUGGGGACUGUCAUCUUCUACUAUGUCACGCGUCUUCACUCACAAUUUUAGGCGAAUUGCACCUCUUUGUCUCACAGUAAUAUCUCUAUACUACUUAUACGUGCAUGUCCCCACCGGCGAAAUAAUCCACGAUAAAACGAUACUGUAUCUCCCAACGUCGACAUGCGACAUCACGCCAUCGUUGCAGGAGGUCUUUGUGAUGGUCAAGACGGGUGCCUGUGAAGACUAUGAAAGACUGAUCACUCAAAGCAAGACGUCGCUCCAAUGCGUCCCAUCGAGUUCGAUAGCCUACUACUCGGAUCUAGAAGAACAAGUUGGAAGCAUACAUUUACGCGACACAUUCAAUGGAUCAGUGGAUCAAUGGUAUAUCGAUACUGAUGACGAGUUCAUUCUGUACAAGAAAAUGCUGGAGCAAGGAAGCUGCAAAGGCAUCACGAAAGAGGAUAUGCAAGCUGCGGACCCUCGCAAAGGCCUCAACGGCAACAAUGACAACAGAGGCUGGAACUUGGACAAAUGGAAGUUUCUACCAAUGGCAGAUAUCACUUACUCAUUGCAAUCAAACAAGAAGUGGUAUAUCGAAAUCGAGGUUGACACCUAUCCAAUCUGGCGCAACGUGUUUAAUUUCCUUGCCAACUUGGACCACGAACAUGAUUACUAUAUUGGAUCGCCAAUGUUCGUUGCUGGCGUAGCAUUCAUAUAUGGGGGCAGCGGAGCGAUCAUAUCGCAAUCUGCCAUGCGCAAAGUAGUUGAUCACAUCCGCGAGAACACAACAGACCUCCAGAAGUUUACGCACGACAAUUGGGCUGGCGACCAUGUCAUGGGGAAGACUCUGAAGGAUGUCGGCGUUGGACAUACAACCAUGUCUCGCGAGUUUGUGAGAGACAGUACUAUUGGUGCGGAUUAUUCAUUUCACUGGUGCACUGCAGCCCUCUCGUUCCACCAUGUGACUGCAGAGGAGGCAGUAGCCUUUCACGAAUUUGAAACCCAGUGGUUUGGCAAGUUCUCAACGCAAAUAAUGCGACACAAGGACAUAUUUCAUGGAUAUAUCUUGCCGCAGCUCGAAGGUCUCUCUACCGAGAUAGAUUGGGAUAACAACGCACGGGACGAUGCCAGCAACCAUCCGCAUUUCAAUAGCACCUUCGAAUCUUGCAAAGAGAUCUGUCUCGCCGCCUCAGAUUGCGUUCAAUAUCGAUUCGCGUAUGGCAAAUGCUACACUACCAAGUUCCCUCAAAUUGGCCGGAGAGAACCUUAUAGCCGAUCUGGAUGGCUUCCAGAUAGAGCGAGGAAGUGGGCAGAUGAUCACAAGCCAUGUACUCGCAAUGAUGAGGAGUGGAGUCCUCACAACCAAUAGCUUCACCGACGUCGCAAGCCUAUUCACACAAGACAGGGCUCAGACAUGAACUCAUAUGACAGAGAACGAUAUAGCACCAAGAGGAUCUAUCCUGGCUGAGGGCUGGUCUGCCCUAUGAAUAUGGAAGUAUACCUGGGUCGCCAAACAUUGGCCGGACACCAUGGAUCUUUCACAAAACGGCACUGAUUAUAAUCGACUACCCCUGCAUAUGGAAGUCCACGGUCUCAGCGGUAUCAGUAACACGACGAAGAUAUCUCUAGAGACGGGGAAAUUAGUGACUUUGGUGAAGACCCUGUCUAUACGUGUUUCACCUUCACGGGGAACAGCGGUGAACAAACGUGGAACUGUAUGAUCUGCUAGCGGAUGGAACGUCCAGCUCUUUAAUUGAUCAGUCUCUGUGCCUACCAG